CUCCUUUUUUCAGUCUCUGUGCUUUUUUAAAAAGAGCCAGAAGCCUCAAUGUUGGAUGUCGUGCUAUGACAACGUCACUGCUCCUCCGUCCUCGCUGGGUCGACCCGUCGGUGAUGUUCCUCUACGACAACGUUUCCGAUGAAGUGAGCAAGAACAUGGACGCUAGCGGUGGUGGUUUUGCGGGAGGCAACUUUGCGGCGAACCAAUGCAGAAAUCUGAUGGCGCACCCCGCGUCCCUCGCUCCGAGCACCGCGUACUCGUCAAGUGAGGUCCCCAUCUCCGGUAUGGGUGAGCCAGCCAAGCAGUGCAGCCCUUGCUCGGCUGCGCAAAGCUCCUCCAGCGCGUCCCUGCCCUAUGGAUACUUCGGUAGCGGCUACUACCCGUGCAGAAUGUCUCACCACAGUAGCAUAAAGUCGUGCGGUACGCAGCCCCCCUCUGCAUACGGGGAGAAGUACAUGGACACGUCCGCCUCGGGCGAUGACUUCACCUCGCGGGCCAAGGAGUUCGCCUUCUAUCCGAGCUAUGCGUCGGGGCCAUACCAGCCCGUUCCCAGUUACCUGGACGUCCCCGUGGUACCAACUAUGAGCGGGCCAGCAGAACCCAGACACGAGCCCCUGCUGCCCAUGGAGAGCUAUCAGCCGUGGGCUCUGACUACAAACGGGUGGAACGGACAAGUUUACUGCACCAAGGAGCAACCUCAGCCCGGACACAUGUGGAAAUCCUCCAUACCAGACGCAAUGUCUCACAUAGGAGGGGACGUGAGCUCCUUCAGACGUGGAAGAAAGAAGCGCGUGCCAUACACCAAGGUGCAACUGAAGGAACUUGAGCGCGAGUACGCGGCCAAUAAAUUCAUAACGAAGGACAAACGAAGGAGGAUAUCGGCCCAGACGAAUCUAUCUGAGCGACAGGUCACUAUCUGGUUUCAGAACAGACGCGUAAAGGAAAAGAAGGUGGUCGUCAAAGUGAAGAGCAUCAGCUAGUUCUGAACGAUGGGAAUUGAGUACACACACACACACACACAUAAACACACAAACACACACACACUCAAAAUGCUCUUCACGGUUUUUGGUUGGAACAGUUGACUCAUUAUAUCCCACCGAUCAUGAUUCACAAAUGUAGGCCUAUUUUGCCAAAUGCGUUCCGGGACCUUUUUGGAACGAAUAUGCAUAAAAACUCUGGACCUUCCACCUUUACUCCAUGAUGUAAAAUAUUGUUCGCGGUGAAUGGAUCCCAAAGCAGAAAGGGGCGUGUAAUCUUUGCGACUGACAUGCAGUACAGGAAAACAGACACCCUUCAGAGGUGUGUGUUUUAGUUUCUCAUUUUAUCUGCAACUUCACCGUGUGGAGGAAAAAAACAUUUGGAAAUCCACAGGAAGUGACGGCAUUUAGGAUUAUAGCUUCCACGGUUAAAUAUUAAUCCGUUCCAUUUCCCCUUCAACACACCACUUAUCAUGUGCAUCUUAAUUUAAAGUUAAGCUUUUUCAAAUGGUUCUCAUGCUCUCACUCAUAACGACUCCAUGGUGCAUUCCCUCUAGUAAUGCAUAGCUAAUGGUUUGUGUGCCCAUAUGAACCAUAGGUUUUAUAUUGUGUGUGUAUUCAUGUGGUUGUAUAAGUAAACUAUGCAGACAAAACUAUAAAAUUUCAAGGCAUCUGUGUGUGUCUGUAAAACAUGUCGGUGUAGAAGGAUUGACAUGAAAAUCCGGCCCAAUAAAAUAUGGACAUUGUUGAAUCAAUCA